GGAAGCAGCUUCUGCAGGGCGGUGUCUGCAGCUCUGCAGCCCUCCUGGUUGAGGUCUUCUGGCCGCUUCCGGUGUUUACUCGGCAAGUGUUGGUGAAGCGGUCGUGGUCCUGCCCUCAGGAACGCUAGGGUGGCCCAGCGGGUGAGAUCCCAAAGGUCAGUGCCCGAAGAGGGGCCCUGUGGCGUUCAGAGGACGGAGUGCGUCACCAAGGAAAUUUUUCGCAAUCAAAAUUAGCAAAAUAAGCCAAGAUGUCUGUCGAUCCAAUGACCUAUGAGGCCCAGUUCUUUGGCUUCACACCACAAACUUGCAUGCUCAGGAUCUACAUUGCAUUUCAAGACUACCUAUUUGAAGUGAUGCAGGCUGUUGAACAGGUUAUUCUGAAGAAGCUGGAUGGCAUCCCAAACUGUGAGAUUAGCCCAGUCCAGAUUCGUAAAUGCACAGAGAAGUUUCUUUGCUUCAUGAAAGGGCGUUUUGAUAAUCUUUUUGUCAAAAUGGAGCAGCUGUUUCUACAGUGGAUUUUGCAUAUUCCCUCAAACAUCCUGCUUCCAGAAGAUAAAUCUCAGGAGAUGCAUUCUUAUAGCGAGGAAGAAUUCAAGCUUCUCCAAAAAGAAAUUGAACAGUUACAGGAGAAGUAUAAGACUGAAUUAUGCACUAAGCAGGCCCUUCUUGCAGAAUUAGAAGAGCAAAAAAUUGUUCAGGCCAAACUUAAACAGACAUUGACCUUGUUUGAUGAGCUUGAAAAUGUUUGCAGAAAUCAUGGGACUGGUGAUUUUAGGGACAGCUUGGUGUUCCUGACCCAGAACUCCAGAAAACUGCAGAAUAUUAGAGACAAUGUGGAAAAAGAAAGCAAAAGACUGAAAAUAUCUUAAUUUCUAAAUAGUAAAAGGAACCUGUCAAAAGUAGAAUCAGUAAGGGAUUUAUAUCAAUGAUUAUUCUUAUUUUAGUGAAUUGUAUAUUUUGUUGGAUUUUCUUUGUUUACUCUUUCUUGUAUUCCACAUUUUCCUGUUUUUUGGUCCAUUCUCCUGAAGUAUUUAUGUACUGCUCUGAACUAAUCUUUGAAACAUCUAUUCCUUACACUACUCUAAUAGGUGGGAAGGGAUUCUUGAUCUAUUAAAGAUCAUUUGGAGACAUGAUAAACAAAUAAAGCUUUCCGUGGCCAGUCAAAGAUUUUUUUAUUUUUUUUAUUUUGGUACAUGCCCCUAGCGGGAACCGAACCCGGGACUCUCUGGUUCACAGGCCGACACUCCAACCGCUGAGCCAAACCGGCCAGGGCUCUUUUUAAAUCAGCCACUACACUGGGACAGCCCAUAUAGAAUGCUUACUCUUGCCCAUAAUUUUUCUUACCUGCGGAAGUUGAUAACUACUUGAAAGAAGCAAGUAGCAGGAAAAAACAACCAUGAUUGUUAAUAAGAAGAAAGAAGUUGUUUUUAUUUCUAAAAUAAAUGCUCUCUGUGACCAAGGCCUUGAUGGUGUUUAAUAAUUUACUGACUUGGAGCCCAGCAGUGGAAGACUUUGGACAAAAAAGUAGAUCUCACUGGAAUAGAAAAGGAAGCCUGGCCCUGACUGGUGUGACUCAGUGGAUAGAGCAUC